AUGAACUCUGGCACUCCAGUUGGAUUCCAAACAGCUCAAUAUGUAAUUGGCGCUGAAGAUCUAAGUGUGUUCUACUUUAACAAAUACUCAAUGGAUGUGAGCUCAUCAUCAAUGACCAAUUCUUUGUACCUCAACUCCUCCAAGAUCCUGCCGACCUGGAGAGUGACACUUGUGUAUGGUUCAAGAGAUGAGAAUCAAUUCUAUGAGGCAGAGGGAAAAUAUGAAGAGGACAUGUCACUAUUUGUUAUCCCAUUCACUGUUCCAGCAAGGACUAUGACACGACAAAUGCAGUACUAUCUCAGAUUGCGACCACCUGGCUCCAACUACUUCUCCAACGACAAGAGAUAUGGUGAUUAUUUUGGUGUCAGAGUUAUUCAUGGUGAUCUAAUAUCGAUGGUAUAUCCAAAUACAUCUGUCAUUAACAUCAUUUCAAUAAAUGGUGAUGAGAUGCCACCAAUGAUUACAUCAUGCACUGCCUAUCCAUCAAGGUUUGUCAAUUUGGCAGCUGAUGGAAAAAUGACAAUUGGAUGGAACAUCACGAUUGAGGACUCACUAAAUGGAUUCUCACGUGGAGUGAUCAAUGUUGUCAGUGACAUUGAUGGACUUGAGAGAAGAUUCGAGAUCACACCAGCCAACAGGACAAGUGGCGACAUGUUCAAGGGCAUCUACCAGAUCCUGUUUACUGUCGAUUCCAACUUUGGCAAUCAGACCUUCACAUUCCUCGACAUUGAACUGUUUGACUCAUCAAUGAACCGUGCGCAAUAUAUCACACACUCGAAUGAUCGGACUACCCUGUCACCUCUCUCAUACCUCAUGCAAGCGGACAAGAUACUUGAGUUCAACAUCCAGUUGACAACAUCAUCACAAGACCUCACACCACCAUCUUUGGUGUCAAUGGAGGUACUCACACCGACCGUGGACGUUGGAUCACAUAUGCGCCAGGUCCAGAUUAGAUUGACUAUUAGUGAGACUGGAACUGGAUACAGUAUUCGUCACACUCCUGCAGUUUAUCUCACUGGAUACUUGUUCGAGACCUUCAAGUUAGAUACAACAUUCAUGGGAAUGAGUGAUGUUGGCGGCGCUUACUCUUUCAUGGCAACUGGUCAACUACCUUUUGGAUUUGCCUCCAACACCUUCACCAAUGUGAGUUCAUCUGUGGCUUUGGUAUCUGUUUAUGGCCUUGUGGACAACAGUCAGAACUUGAUUGGAUACAGUACAAAUGAUCUACCAACAUCUCUACUCGAUUUGAACAAGACCAUUGCUAUCAAGUACACUCACAACAUACCAAUAAUUGAUGAUUACUCAAUUGAGAAUGGAAUGAUCACAAUAUUUGGAAAGAACUUUGGUGAUGACAUUGCAUUGAAUGAUCUCACCCAAGGAAUUAGAAUAACCAAGACAUAUGGAGCAAUUGUGAUUGCUGCCUUCAACUUCAAAGUUCUUGACCCAAAGACAACCAACAUCUCGAUCCAACUCAGCUCCAAUCAAUACUCCUCCAACAUUGUUGUUAUUCAACUCCGGCAACCAACACAACCCAUAGUCACACCAACAGUCAUCUGUCCAGGCAACCCACCAUGCUUCAACAAUGGAGAUUGCUCUUCCACCUUUGGAUGUCAAUGUUAUGGCACGUGGUACGGCCAAGAUUGCUCGUCAGAGUCGAUACCUACAACUCCAACUAUCAUUGACCACUCUCCAACGACUGUGUACACCUAUAACAUCUCUGAUGAGACUGUUGUUGGUGACAUUGAGAUUGUUCGAGUGAGGAUACUCAAUCAAGAUGGUGCGGAGUUGGCUUCAUAUCCAUUGUCACAAUGGAAUGUAACAAAUCUAUCCGCUCAAUCACGUGACUACACCACCAAGUUUGGACCAAGUGAUAAUAUUGGAAUGAUCAAGGUCAAUGUCAUAUGGUUCACUGAAGACGAGGAUGUCAAGUUCGCCGGUGACAUUCUCCCAAUCAAGAGGAACACCAUCAAGUACACCAUCACAUUGUCAGACUACAGGUUCCCAAGUCAGUUGGAUUCGAUGCAAGUUGUGAUGAGAGCGGCCAUUAACACGACAGACUCCAACUCAUGUUCAGUCCAACAACAAGGUUAUGUCAAUGGAUCACAAGACAACUUGUUCUGGAUGCGAGUCAAGGUGCAGAGCUACAGUCUGUAUGGUCACUUCAUCCAGAAGGCAUUGGUCGAUGGACGAGUCAGCACUGUGACCAACGUGCUUGUCUCUGAUCAAUCACAAUCAGUGAAUGACACACAGUCAUCACAGACAAUGAUUGGAUUCAAUGUUCGCAGCUUUGAACAACAGGCCAUUCUUGAUCCAGACUUCCAUCUAUUGGUCGAUAUCGAUAAUGCUGAAUCGAAUGACGGUUCCAUUUGCAAUCACAAAUCAUCAUCUUCGUCGUCGAAGAGGUUGUCUACAUUGGCCAUGAUUGGAAUUAUUGUUGUGUGUGUUGUUGUGGUUGUUGCCAUCAUCACUGCCGCACUAAUCUUGAUCAGGAAAGAGAGAAGGGAUCUCAAGAUAUUCAACCUCAUCAAAUUGAGAAGGAGGUCAUUAGUUAAAUAA